GAUUGUCAUGCCUACAUCGAAGGCAUCGACACCAACUAUGGAUACGUACCGUCUGAAGCGGCCGGUGCCGUCUUCCUCGCCCUCUUCGGUGUGUCUAUGCUCGCGCAUACCUACCAGACCGUUCGCACCCGCUCCUGGUGGACUCUUGUCUUCUCCAUAGGCGCCUUGACCGAAGUGAUAGGGUGGGCAGGGCGAGAAUGGUCUUCGCAAUGUGCCUACAGCGGAGAUGCGUUUUUGAUGCAAAUUACAACUCUCAUCAUCGCGCCUACGUUCUUCACCGCCGGGAUCUACGUCAUCCUCGGGCGGCUCAUCGGCAUCAUGGGCCGGUCGUCUAGCCCUAUCUCCGAGAAGAUGUACCUCAUCAUCUUCGUCACCUGCGACGUGGUAUCGCUUGUCGUGCAAGCGGUAGGCGGUGCGAUGGCCUCGAUCGCCUCUCAAUCAGACCCUCCGAAGGACACCAAGCCCGGCACGAACAUCAUGGUCGCAGGUAUUGUGUUCCAAAUGGCGUCGAUCACGCUGUUUUGCUGCUUCUUCGUGCUGUUCCUAUGGCGCGUGCGGAGGCGCACACUGUCCUUGCGCAUCAAGGUCUUGAUCGCUGCCACCACUCUGUCCAUUUUCGUCAUCUACAUUCGGAGCGUUUAUCGUACCAUCGAGCUGGCCCAGGGCUGGGACGGCUACUUGAUCACCCAUGAGGGCUACUUUGUCUCCCUCGAUGGCGCGAUGAUGGUGAUUGCUGUCGCCGUCUUCAAUCUUGUCCAUCCAGCGUACUUCCUG